UCUCCUUCGGCGCGGGGUCCUGCUCUCCUCCGCGGAGCGGAGAGCGGAGACGUUCCGUUCCGUUUCGUCGCGAUUGUUCGGACGCAUUGUCCUGCAGGAUUCCACUGCGGGAUCACGCGCGUACGCGGGAUCAGCAGUUUGUCCGUCGCGCUUGAACGGACGCGAGCGCGUCCGGCGUUACGCGAGAGAGCGCUUCGCGCUUCUUCGCGCGUCUUCCUCGCGCGUACGCGGGACGUGGAUAUCGCUUGCGGAUCCGGAAGAGAGAGAGAGAGAGAGAGAGAGAGAGAGAGAGAGAGGGAGAAGGAGAGAGACCUGAGAGAGAUCUGAAAUGUUAUUAACAACUUUGCGAAAGGCUUCGAGAAUCAACUGUAUAUAAUUUAAUGGAUAUAUUUCCACCGGAAAUUUUCGUAUAGUUUUCUGUUCUCUCUCUCUCUCUCUCUCUCUCUCUUGACCCAACAUUAAUACACAAGUGAAUAAAAAAGUACACUAGAUGCGCUCGCGACGUCUGUCGAUUGAUCUUCGCUGCAUCAGAUACUCUCUUUCUUCCUCCGCGAACGAUUUCCAAGAAGUUUCUCAAGGCACUUUGGGGAGAAGCGCGUCGUCGAUUGUUCGUCGAAUCCAAUCAUUGGUGAAGCAAACUUGCUUGUUCGAGGCAUUGAAAGGUAUCAUGUUAAAUAGACUAAUUACGAUCGGGUUGCCCGAGAUUACACGAUGCUGUUACGUACCGCGGACGAUCGACCGGUGCGAUCGGAUGCGCCGGAGCGAGAAGGUAAGAAAGGGAAUGAAAAGAGAGGUCGGCUGUCGGACUCGCGACGGAACUUGUCUAACGAUGACACAACGUACAAUGUAAAUAUUCGCGAAGUUGGGGAAAGGGUAGGGGUAGGGUUAGGGAAGGUGGGAAAAUGCAUACAGCCUGCUGUGUCUGUAAUAAAAAAAGAAAAACAAAGAAGAAAAACCUUUGUAAUUAACGGCGUGACUCGCGGCGUUGAGCAGAAGAUUAAAGCGCGCGCGCGCGAAGAGAGUAUAUAAAUAUGUAUAGAAAAAUUAUAUUAUAUUACAAAUGCAAACACAAGAGAAGAGCGAGAAAUAUAUUAUAUAUAUAUACACAUUACGAGAGAGAAUAUGUACACACGACACGCGAAUUAAAUACGCGUACACGAUACAUGCACGUGAAGAGUGUACUCGCAGCAAUACAUAUGUAUUUACACACACACACACACA